ACAUUAUUUUUUUAAGUUCGGCAUUUUUGUUGAAAAAAAAAGUAAAAAAAAUAUUAAAAAACCGCAUAUUAUAUAAAAUAUUUUAAUAAAAUAAUUAAGUUUAACUAUAAUUUUAUCAUUUAAUAAAGAAAAUUCUUUAAGCAAAUACAAUUUGCUUAAGGAAAAGAUAACAGCAAAAUAAAAAUAAUAAGAACGUGUAACUCUGUUAUUGAGAAAGACAGAAAGUGUAGAAAAAAAAACAACAACAAAACUGUAAACAAAUUCUUUACGAAAAUAAUAUCAAGAAUAAUUUUGCAAAAAAUUAAGUGUUUUAAAGUAAAAUGCCUUGUUGGUAUUAUGAUAAAAAUGAAUUACGUGAUACUCCCUCGGUGCGUGAUGGCAUACCUUUGGAGACGGAACGCCGCUAUCGUAAAGAAGGUGCUCGCUUUAUAAUGACUUGUGGCACACAAAUGGGUUUGGGCCAUAAUACCAUGGCCACGGGUGUGGUGUAUUUUCAUAGAUUCUAUAUGUUUCAAUCGUUUAAACAUUUUCCACGCUAUGUAACUGCUUGCUGUUGCCUGCUGCUGGCCGGUAAAGUGGAGGAAACACCAAAGAAAUGUCGUGAUAUAAUAAUGAUAGCCCGUCAGCUGCUGACCGAUAAUCAUUUCUAUUCUUUUGGCAAAGAGCCUAAGGAGGAGGUGAUUACUUUGGAACGUAUUCUUUUACAAACUAUUAAGUUCGAUUUGCAAGUGGAGCAUCCUUAUUCUUUUCUUUUGCGUUAUGCGAAAUGUUUCAAAGGCGAUCAACAGAAAUUACAAAAAAUGGUGCAAAUGGCUUGGAAUUUUGUCAAUGAUUCGCUUAGCACGGUGGUGUGUUUGCAAUGGGAACCGGAAAUAAUUGCGGUGGCUUUAAUAUAUUUAGCCUCGAAACUAAGCAAGUUUACCGUAGUCGAUUGGGUUGGUCGACAACCACAUCAUACACGCUGGUGGGAUAUGUUUGUCUCAGAUGUUACCAUGGAUAUUUUGGAAGAUAUUUGCCAUCAAGUUUUAGAUUUAUAUCAAACAAAUUCCAAAGAUACCACCGAAAGUAAUAGUCCUCCUCAGAAACCUCCCAGUCGAGCUGAUAGUCCAACGCCUAUGAAAACUUUGCCCUUGGCAAAUCAUUCAGGCUCUCCAGCGGGUAAAACAAAGAACACCACAACUUCCAGUGCUAUGACCGGCCUUAGUGAACCCAAUAAUAUACAAAGUAUUAAAACAAUUUCCUCAGGACCGGCUACGGCUACCACAGUACCAGCGCCCACACCUUUAGAACAUCCUGCCUCUCAUGUGGCUUCAGCAGCGGCCGGUUAUCAUCAUGUUCCACCACAUCAUCACUCGGCCCAUCAUAUGUACUCGGCUGCUCCCCAAGCCAUGGCCGGUCAUCCUAUGCAUGCAAUGUAUCAAACAGUAGCUCCUCCACCACCACCCGGUGCCGGCUAUGUUCCCUCCGUGCCAGGAGCUAAUUCAGGUCCCGCGGUUAUACCACCACCAUUACCGCCACCCAUGAUGCCCUAUGGUUCUUUGCCACCUUAUGGAGGUCCCUCUCACUAUGCCAGUGCACCACCACCUAUGCCACCGGGUGUAUCACUGGGUGGUGGUGCUCCUCCGCCACCACCACCUGGUGUUGAUACCAAUCCUCCGCCUCCCAGUAGGGGUGGUGGUGGCUAUUAUCAGCCUCCACCGCCUGGCAGUUAUUCUGGUGGCGGUAGACAACGUUAUUAAGAUUAGUUACAGUUUAGUUUUUUUUUUUGUUAAAAAUUAUGUUCUAUUUAAAGCUAUUCAUCUUUCCGAAUAAUUUCACAUUUAGCAGGACAAUUUAUUUCAUAAUUUAGGAAUAAAUAAAAUUUCUUAAUUUAAGAUAAUUUUGUUUUUAUAUGUAACAAACAAAAAAGAAAAUAAAUCUUUAGAAAAAAAACU